GAAUACGUUUUCUGUACGUACGAGUGCGACGGCUCUACCACUAGCACAACCACGAUGACAAUGUCGUUGUAACGUCGUACAGUCCGUCAGCGCCGAAAUAAAUUGAUUGCCGCAUCUAUUUCACUAUGGCUUCUCGACAUGUACCACCUCUGAAACUGAGGAUUAAGCUCCAGGCGAGAGAGAGCCGGCAAACACCUUCAAACCUUUCCUGGAGAACAAAGAUGAACGAUAUGAACCCCGAGAAAUAUGAGGAGGUAAAAGAGAGAGACAAAAAGUAUAGUAAGCUCAGAACUGCAACUUUAACCGAAGAGGAGAUGGAGCAUCGGAGAGAUCUAGCAAGAGAAAGAGUAAGGCUUUACAGACUGAGAAAAAAAGAGAAAGAGAAAGCAGAAAAAGCAGCUGGCAAGAAACCUAAGAAACCAGAUGAAAAUGAGAUAAACAUGCAAAGGAAGAAAUGGACAAAAUGCAAACGAGAACAGAGGGCAAAGCUCCAGGCGAGAGAGAGCCGGAAAAAAAAACCUUCAAACCUUUCCUGGAGAACAAAGAUGAAUAAUACGAACCCCAAGAAAUAUGAGGAGGUAAAAGAGAGAGACAAAAAGUAUAGUAAGCUCAGAGCUGCAACUUUAACUGAAGAGGAGAAGGAGCAUCGGAGAGAUCUAGCAAGAAAGAGAGUAAGGCUUUACAGACUGAGGAAAAAGGUGAAAGAGGAAGCAGAUAGAGCAGCUGGUAAGAAACCCAAGAAACCAGAUGAAAAUGAGAUAAAAAUGCAAAGGAAGAAAUGGACAGAACGCAAACGAGAAGAGAGGGCAAAGUGGUCAGCCACAAAGAAAGAAGAAGUGAAUCUCAAGCUAAGGAUGAAGAGAGAACAAGAUAAACUACAAAAAAUGCAGAAACAAAAGUAUGAAGAUGAUGAGAAGGAACGUGUAGGAGAAGAUAUGGAGAAAAGAAAAGAAGGAGAAGAUAAGGAGAAAAGAAAAGAAGGAGAAGGUAAGGAGAAAAGAAAAGAAGAGAGAAACAAGGAGAAAACGAGAAAAAAGAAGAAACAAGACGAGAAACAAAAAGAGAAAAGGAGAGCAGAAGAAGAAGAUCGUACAUUGAGGCUGCAAGUAGAGCAACUAGCAAAAGAGCAGUUUUCACUAGAGACAGAGGCGAUGAACAUUACUACAUGUAUAUCUUACAAAAAUUCAACACUAAGGUCUGGUUCAGCCAAGAGGGAAUCUAGAGCACGGACAGAGAUUUUACCUCUUCCAAAAGAAAUCACAGACAAAGUCUGUGAGCUCAUAAGUCAGGCAAGACCGAAAAAGAAAAAAGAAAAUUCGUCGGUCAUGUAUGUUUUUGUUGUAUGAGUCAUCAAAUGAAUAUACUACUCACUAGUCACGGUGGAUAUCUCUCAUUUUACUACUUCCAUGUUAUUUUUGUUAAUUUAUCUCAAUUCAAGUGAGAUUUGAUUUUGUUUCUGUAGGCCUACUUAAGUCGGCGUAAUGAUAGACGACUUAUUCUGCACCCAUGUUACGAGGACGCGCUGUGAGCAGAGCUAGCCA